GUUGUAUGUUAUUUUAUAAGGUUUUACAAUGGAGUGUUACAAUGAAUUUGAGAAAAAUUUUGUGCAUGGAUCUUCUUUUUUUACCACAUAUCAAUUUGAUUACAAGAGGUAUUGUGAGAAAACAGAUAUUGUUAAAAAAGAAAAGGUUUAUAGUGAAAUUGUGGAAAAUGCCCCAGCACCUCAAAAAUACACAGACAGGGAAACAUUGGCUUUAUAUGAUGAUGAUUAUUAUGUACCUUUUAACUUGUACCACUACCCAAGACCUAUUGUCCACAAACGUGUUAUACCGCAAGUUUCGGUGUUUUUGAAAACUGAACUGUACGAACCUCUGGAAGAAUCCUUUGUGAAUAAAAGUAUACCUUGGGAUGACGCACAAGAAAGAUACAGUGUAGAUCCCACUGCGAAGUUCUGGAUGAAAAGAAACGAACUGGAUGACAGUUGUGUGAAUCCCUUGGAAAACCUUUUGCCGGUAGAAACGAAGCGAGUUAUCUCAAAAUUAAUAAAGGAGGAUAAGUUGAGGGGCGAGCACGAUUUAAGAUGCGCCACCUAUUGUGGUUACAUUCCCAAUAACACUGAUCCUAUACCGCUUGCAAAGACGGAAUUCCCAAUUUCAUAUCCGUUCCUAUCCGUAUCGCAAACCUUGGACAUCAGGAAGAAUGAUAAGGAAGACGGUUUUAAAAUGGACUGUUACAAUGAAUUUGAGAAAAAUUUUGUGCAUGGAUCUUCUUUUUUUACCACAUAUCAAUUUGAUUACAAGAGGUAUUGUGACAAAACAGAUUUUGUUAAAAAAGAAAAAGUUUAUAGUGAAAUUGUGGAAAAUCCCCCAGCACCUCAAAAAUAUACAGACAGGGAAACAUUGGCUUUAUACGAUGAUAAUUAUUAUGUACCUUUUAACUUGUACCACUACCCCAGACCUAUUGUUGACAAACGUGUAAUACCGCAAGUUUCGGUUUGCAAAAGAAACCAAGAAGACUAUGACGUAAUAAAAUCGAGACCAAAGAUGUAUAGAUCACCAGCAGUGCCCAUUGACAACAUAGAAGAUCCCAAUAGAAGAGAUACAGUGAUAAAAUUUAUGUACACUACCGAGUCUCUGAUGUCGCAACAGUCAGCUGCGCUGCCGACAACGAAGAGAAAACCAAUUGAUCCAGCCAAACAUGAUCAGUUAAACGAAAACGUGUUUUUGAAAACUGAACUGUACGAACCUCUGGAAGAAUCCUUUGUGAAUAAAAGUAUACCUUGGGAUGACGCACAGGAAAGAUACAGUGUAGAUCCCACUGCGAAGUUCUGGAUGAAAAGAAAUGAACUGGAUGACAAUUGUGUGAAUCCCUUGGAAAACCUUUUACCGGUAGAAACGAAGCGAGUAAUCUCAAAAUUAAUAAAGGAGGAUAAGUUGAGAGGCGAGCACGAUUUAAGAUGCGCCACUUAUUGCGGUUACAUUCCCAAUAGCACUGAUCCUAUACCGCUUGCAAAGACGGAAUUCCCCAUAUCAUAUCCGUUCCUAUCCGUAUCGCAAACCUUGGACAUCAGGAAGAAUGAUAAGGAAGGUCACAAACUUGAAUACGUAUGCGAUCAAAACUAAUAGAUAUAUUAAAUUUUAGUCACAACAUAAUAUAAAAACAACAUUUGAUAAAAUCGAAUCUCCAUAUUAAUGACUAGUCUAACUUAAUUUUAUACAUAAACAAACC